UGGCGGCGCCCACAAAUACCUACCCCUGAUCUUUACAACUUUGUGUUUGUUAAAUAAAAGCCUCUUUUUAGCGACAAAUAGGGUGAAUGCCAGCCUUAAGAAGAUGAAGCCAAGCUUGAUAGUGUUUGAUCUAGAUUAUACACUUUGGCCUUUCUGGGUUGAUACACAUGUUGACCCUCCAUUUAAAAAACAGAGUGAUGGACGUGUGCUUGAUUUUCAUGGGCGCCAUGUCAAGUAUUACAGAGAUGUUCCACAGAUGCUGAAGCAGCUGCAGCAAGAGGGAUACACACUAGCCGUAGCUUCGAGGACAUCGUGCACAGACGAGGCCAGGCAGCUGCUGAACUUAUUUGACUGGAAUAAAUACUUCACAUACAAAGAAAUCUACCCAGGAUCCAAGGUUGCACACUUCCAGAGGUUUCAUGAGCAGUCGGGUUUACCGUACCAGAAAAUGUUAUUUUUUGAUGGUUGUUUUUUAUGUGUCACCUGCAUCCAUGCAAAAGAUGGCAUGUCAUUACAAGUGCUACAAGAAGGGCUACAGGUCUUUGCUGAAAAAUCACAGGGACGUAAGACCUGA